AUGAGCUUAUCUUUGAAUGCUUUUCACUACAGCGAUAUACCUGUGCAUGUUCAUCCUUCCUGUGAUAAAUGCGGGAAGCGGGAGCGACUUUCGCGUUGCAGCAAAUGCAAGAGGACCCAAUACUGCUCAAAGAAGUGUCAGUUUGAUGCCUGGAAGGACCACAAGCACGAUUGUAAGAACUGGCGAGCCGAAGCGGUCGAUGGCGCGAACGCGACCGGUAACCCGAACGCGUGGGUCGACUGGGUAACGUGGAUGGAGUACCAUCGUGACAGCAUCGGGAACGCAAUGUUGGCCCAUCAUGGUCACAAGGGUGUAGGAUCGGGGAAGAAAUGGGUGUUGGGGAUUCACGUUGAGUAUAAUCGUGAGGCUUCACUCGUGGAACGCAAAUUCGAUGUACGAGGCGUCAGGUUCAUCGAUGUGGAACUGGAUACUCCAGCUGCCCAUGGUUUUCGAGAGGCGAUCAAGAACGUUGUGCCGCAUCAGGAGCCGACUUCCGAAACAGAUACUGGAGGGGAGUCAGAAUCAACGCAGCCCGAGGAGACGUGCAUCUGCCUCUUCUUCGUGAGUUUUGCUCCUGGGGCCCAAGGCUUCGGGGAUUACCUUCGGUUCCGGUUUACGACCGAGCGACUUCGUGAUCUGAGCGUGAAUGCGUACAUUCCGCCCGAGUACCUCUUGAUGAAGAUGUUGGAGGAGGGGAGAAGGUUCAGAUACUGCUGUGGGGAGAUUGGAGAUACGUCAACUUGUUGCUGCGGCGGGUGGACGCACUGGACAAUUGAAGAGGAACUCUUCCCGCUGGAUAAUCUCACUGAUGAAGAGCAAGAAUUGCUGCAGGAGUCAGGAUAUUUUGACAUGCCGGCGAAAACAGCCAGUGACGGGAAGCCAAAGAAGAAGAAGAAACAGAAGAAGAAGAAGUCCAGGCAGCAGCCGCCCGCCGAUUCGUCCACAAACCAUGGAGAGCGCCCAGACCCACCGGACGACACAACUUCCGAGAUACAGCCUACGACUAUUCCUACGAUGAAUAAUGCAAUGUCUAGUACGGGCGCUUUGGUCGAGACCGACCUAGUGCGUGAUGAGCACACUUUAGACGAUGAAGUGCGUAGCAAAGACGCUUUAGUCGAAGACGAUCUGGCUGUCAGCUCACCCAAUGACGGAGAUACUGUCGUUGACACUAUUGAGCGCGCCUCGGCGACAAUAGAUAAUGCGAAUAGCGCUGAUGACAUUGAUUUGCCUACAGAUACGCAGAGUUCUGAAGGCGAUACGCAGCCGAACACCAUCAAGACUUCGCCUCUCGAGCCCGUGCGGUUCUGCGAUAGUACGUGUUGUGAUGAUCCAUUCGACGCGAAUACGAAAGUACAAGAUCACGUUGACACGAUCCCGGCGCCAUCUGUCGAAGAAGGUGAAAGGGCAAGCUGGAUCACCGUCAAGUUGACGAAAGCAAAGCAACGGGCUCAAGAGAAGACACGACUGCGGAGCACUUCGAACCCCGAAUUGUCCAUUACGACUCAUGACAGUGCAUCAAAGCACCAGGAAUGUUCACCGAAGAAUGCAGCAGCAACAGGAGAAUCGCAUGGAGGGCUAGACAUACCGCCCGAAAUGCCCGCAGAAGUUCCCACCGCGCUUCGAGUACCAGACCCGGCGGUCAAACGAGAACCUCUCUCGAGGAUCGGUUCCCCUGGCUCCCUCACUUCGAAGUUCGAUUCGACCUUCGCACCUACGAACCCGAGUACACCAACUCUUGCUCGUGAGCGCGCUCAGACUACGAUCCCGGCCGCUGCGCCUGCUUUGGAGUCAAAGCAAUCGGAUGACAUGGAGAGAAACCCAGGCUCUCUUGAGCUCGAAUACUCCUCUGUGGCUUCUUCACGAGCGGUGUCGCUUGCGCGCGAGACCAUGGUUAGCGAUGCCAUACUCAGACAGAAGCCGUCGCCUCGAGAGCAUUAUGAGCACCAUCGACCCUCGCAUCAACGGCAGAUUCCUCCUCGUCUACAACAUCCUGGAUCGGCGCCGCAAUCCGACUACACGCACCCUGCAUACCCAGGACCACCCCCUGGGCUCGCGAAACCCCCAGUGCCUAUGCCGUAUCCCUACCUCAACAUGUCGGCGACAUCGUCCAUUAAUCCAAUGCACCAUCCGUUACAUACCGGGCAUGUCAUGCACAACGCGAUGGGACAACGCAUCCUGGACGUGCCUUCGUUCACUCAUCCUCAACCUGAAUACGCACAACACGCGCCCGUACCAACCCGGCCCGACCCAGAACCCGCUCGCGCUGUGCAGGAAGCCAUACGGGAUCUCGAACGGGCCACACGGGCGCUACAAGUUGCCACGCAGGAAUACCACAGGGCAGGCAAAGUGAACGAGUUCAAGGACGCUGUGCGUAGGACUGCUUGCGCUCGAGGUGUGACCACGGGUACUCAGGAGCAGGUUCUGCAUAAGGGCGGGACCAUCGUCAACAGCCGAUCUUCGGUCCCACGAUGGAUGACGCGGAGUUCGCCGCCAGGGGAAACCGAGGAUUUGGUCGCUGGGGAUCUGGAGGGAUUGAACCAGGGGAUGUAUAGUACAGCGACCCACGUAACCGAAUAUCGUAAUGCCUUCGAAGUCGAUGCUAUGCAUGCUUGCCAGUUGCUUGCCAGCGCAAAGCCUGAAGUGCCCAAUUACCUGCCUUGCUUCGUCAUAGACUUCGGCGCGAUAGAGCGGCCUCUGCGCGUAUGA